AUGGAACCUCCUACCAGUCCCGAAGGGGACCACACCGCAACUACCGGCGCCGAAAAUCUCGCUUCUUCAGACCCGACAGCGUCCGAACCCAUGGCCCUCUUCAAAAGCUGGCUCCAACAAGCCGAAGCGUCCUACGCUCGACGAGAGAGCCUGUUUCUCCAAACUAUGGCAUCAUCCAUUCAGGACUUCACUGCCUCCAUGACUGAACGUUUUCACCGCUUGGAGUCUCGAUUCCCUGAACUCGAGGAGCAGCGCACCGCAAGCCCCCCGGUUCAGAACGCUACCCGACUUUCAACCCUGCGUCUCAAGCCAUCGACAUUCGACGGUACCGUUCCUUGGGCGCCUUACGUAUCCCAGUUCAAGCUCAUUGCUGACGCUAACCAAUGGUCUCCGGCUCAAAAGGCACAAGCCUUGGCCGCCCAUCUAACCGGACCAGCUUUGACAGUACUACACUACCUACCACCCGACACCCGCGAUUCCUACGAAGCCUUGGUCGCGGCACUGAACGAGCGCUACGGGGAAGGACCCCUCCGCUUUCUUCAUCACGCCCAACUUCGCAACCGUCGUCAGUCUGCAACCGAGACAGUUUCUCAAGUCGCCGACGACAUCGAGCGCCUCGCCCAUCUUGCAUUUCCUGGUUGCCCACAAGACACAAUUGACGCUGUGGCAACCAUGGCGUUCAUUGACGCCAUCUCCUCCGUUGAGGUGCAGGAUGCGCUUCGUCUGACUAUCCUCAUCGUGGCUCUUGCCGGCGUGCUCGGAGCCUCCAAAAGGGCGGCAAGGGCGGCUACGGCGGCUACGGCGGCUACAGCGGCCACGCCGGCUACGGCGGCUACGCCCGCUACGGCGGCUACGCCAGCUAGGAAGGCUAGGGCGGCUACACCGGCCACGCCGUCUACGGCGGCCACGCCCGCUACGGCGGCUACGCCAGCUAGGAAGGUUAGGGCGGCUACUGCUGCUACACCGGCCACGCCGGCUACGGCGGCUACACCUGCUAGGAAGGCUAGGGCGGCUACACCGGCCACGCCGGCUACGGCGGCUACGGCGGCUACGCCAGCUAGGAAGGCUAGGGCGGCUACGGCGGCUACACCAGCUACGCCGGCUACGGUGGCUACGGCGGCUACCCCAGCUAGGAAGGCUAGGGCGGCUACGGCGGCUACACCAGCCACGCCGGCUACGGCGGCUACGCCCGCUACGGCGGCUACGCCAGCUAGGAAGGCUAGGGCGGCUACACCGGCCACGCCGGCUACGGCGGCCACGCCCGCUACGGCGGCUACGCCAGCUAGGAAGGUUAGGGCGGCUACGGCUGCUACACCGGCCACGCCGGCUACGGCGGCUACGCCUGCUAGGAAGGCUAGGGCGGCUACGCCGGCUACGGCGGCGACGGCGGCCACGCCCGCCACGGCAGCUACGGCGGCUGCGUAGCCGGCAAAUGCGACGGCUACGCCGGCUACGGGCUCGGAUACGGAAGCAGUCU